UUCAAUUAGUUGACCAUGCUUAACCGUCGACUUGCACUCGGCACUACAGUCAAACGCCGGUACAGCAUCUGUGUAGUGCCGUGGGCCGACAAACCCAUUCCUAUAAAAAUGAAACUAGGCAGCACAUUAUGCAGUCCACUUCCUAGUGACAAGCGAGCACAAUUUAUUUACCCACAUCAACAAUUUAUUACUCCAACGAUGGAAAGUAACCCAUGCUGCAAAGGUGACACAGGUGACUGUGUAAGGAACGCGGAUGGUACUUGCACAUUCACCAAGAAAUGCAUCCUACGAACUUCCGAAGGAGAAUUCCAAUGUGAAUGCGUCUGCACUUGUGAAUGCGGUGAUUCCUGCAAAAACUGCACUUGCGACUGCAACUGCACUCCUGAAACGGCGCAAAAAAUCCAAACCGAGAAUGGGGUUAAAUACAAAUGCGAAUGCAAAUGCAAAUGUUAAUCCUACUUUUUCAAAUAAAAGGAUUUUGCUUUAA